UCCUCCUAGAGCACCCUCCCCUUCCUUUCCCCUUCCAGGCCCAACCUCUCUCCUAUCUCCGCCACUUCUUCCCCACAGCUUGGGUCUCUAAGACUGUGCUACCCCAUUCCCUAUGACAGUUGUCAGGCCACUGAGGCCCAUCCCCAGCAUUCAGUUAGUGCUGAGUCAGUGUUUGCUGUGGGAUGAAGGGUGCUGCUAGCAGGCCGGGAUCCUCCUCCCAAAACUGUAAGGAGUGCGUGUCAGGAGAGGACUUAAUGGGGCGUGGUGCCAGGGUGGACGCGCGCAGCCCUGUCGCGCUGUGCGACUCUGGGCCAAUGGCUGCCCACUCUGAGCCUCAGUCUUCUCAUCUGUGAACUGGAGAGUCUUGGGGGAGAGGGGCUGGGCAUUGCCGGCCGGAGCUACAGCUUUCCGUGGGAGGAACCAGAGGACUUAGCCUGAGGCUGUUUGCUAAAUUUAUUUAGGGGUCUUGGGAGUCUAAGAGAAAUGCUGGGGUCACAGUGCUCCCUCCAAUGCGCCUGGAUUGUACGUACCCCGCUCCCGGGGCCCAUCCGCUGCAGCGGCUCCACAGACCCGCGCGCCCUCAACUUGCCCGGACUCGAGUGACGUCCGCGGCUGGGGCGGCACCGACGUCCCCCCUCACCUUUCGAAGGGGGGGAAACUGAGGCGGGGCGCGGAGAGACCAUAGCCAAGGUCACGGCUUGGUGGUAGCGGGGCCUGCAGGAGGGUCCAGCGCGGACUCCCGCUCCUGAGCGCCCCCAGGACAAUCCCCUCCCCCGCGCCCUGCCGGCCAGACGCGCUGGAGCCGCGCCCGCCUCGAGGACAGCGCGAGCUCGGCGGCUGCAGAAGGACCGGCGAGUAGGAGUGUGGAGGGUGAGGCCCCCAGCAGCGAGACCUGCACUUCACUGGACAGCCCCUCGGCCUACCGCCAAGGAUCCUUAGUGCCGAGCUCCUGCCUGAGCCCGGACCACUACGAGCACACAUCAGGGGGUGCCUAUGGGCUAUACUCGGGGCCAGCGGGGCAGCAACAGCGUACACGGAGGCCCAAGCUGCAGCACUCGACCUCCAUCUUGCGCAAGCAGGCCGAGGAGGAGGCCAUCAAGCGCUCACGCUCCCUCUCUGAGAGCUAUGAGCUCUCCUCUGACCUGCAGGACAAGCAGGUGGAGAUGCUAGAAAGGAAGUAUGGGGGACGCCUGGUGACCCGCCAUGCGGCCCGCACCAUCCAGACAGCCUUCCGCCAGUACCAGAUGAACAAAAACUUUGAGCGCUUGCGCAGCUCCAUGUCAGAAAACCGCAUGUCACGCCGGAUUGUGCUGUCCAACAUGAGGAUGCAGUUCUCCUUUGAGGGGCCCGAAAAGAUGCAUAGCUCCUACUUUGAGGGAAAGCAGGUCUCAGUGACUGAUGAUGGCUCUCAGUUGGGGGCCCUGGUGCCAUCUGAGUGCAGUGACCUUGGUGAAUUGCCUGCCCUCAAGUCUUCAGCCCCAUCCAGCGACUUCACGGAUGCCAUCACAGAGCUGGAGGACGCCUUCUCCCGGCAGGUGAAAUCACUGGCUGAGUCUAUCGACGAUGCCCUCAAUUGCCGCAGCCUGCAUGCCGAGGAGGCGCCAACCUCUGACACAGGGCGAGCCCGGGACAUUGAGCCCCAGGCGGCUCUGCAUGCCGUGGACCACCACAAAUUGGAUGAAAUGACAGCCUCGUACAGUGAUGUCACCCUGUACAUCGAUGAAGAGGAACUGUCGCCACCACUGCCCCUCUCACAGAUGGGGCACCGGCCAUCCAGCACCGAGUUAGACCUACGGCAGCGGGCUGGAGGUGCCACCCAGGACUACUGGGCCUUGGCUCACAAGGAUGACAAGGGGGACACGGACACGAGCUGUCAGAGCACACCAUCACUUGAGCGGCAGGAACAUCGGCUACGGGUGGAGCACCUCCCAUUGCUCACCAUCGAACCACCCAGUGACAGCUCUGUGGACCUCAGUGACCGCUCAGACCGCAGCUCACUCAAGAGGCAGAGUGCCUACGAGCGCAACCUCAGUGGGCAGCAGGGCAGCCCCAAGCAUGGUCCCCACAGUGGCCCUCCCAAGGGCCUCACUCGGGAGGAGCCAGAGUUGCGGCCUCGGCCCCCUAGGCCCCUUGACAGCCACCUGGCCAUCAAUGGCUCAGCCAACAGGCAGAGCAAGUCUGAGUCAGACUACUCAGAUGGGGACAAUGACAGCAUCAACAGCACAUCCAACUCUAAUGACACCAUCAAUUGCAGCUCUGAGUCGUCAUCCCGCGACAGCCUGCGGGAACAGACGCUCAGCAAGCAGACCUACCACAAGGAGACUCGCAACAGCUGGGACUCACCUGCCUUCAGCAACGAUAUCAUCCGUAAAAGGCACUAUCGCAUUGGCCUCAACCUCUUUAACAAGAAGCCUGAGAAGGGUGUCCAAUACCUCAUCGAGCGUGGCUUUGUGCCUGACACGCCAGUGGGGGUGGCCCACUUCCUGCUUCAGCGCAAGGGCCUGAGCCGGCAGAUGAUUGGCGAGUUCCUGGGCAACCGGCAAAAGCAAUUCAACCGGGACGUGCUAGACUGCGUGGUGGAUGAGAUGGACUUCUCUACCAUGGAGCUGGAUGAAGCCCUCAGGAAGUUCCAGGCACACAUCCGGGUCCAGGGGGAAGCUCAGAAGGUGGAGCGACUCAUUGAGGCCUUCAGCCAGCGGUACUGUAUCUGUAACCCCGGGGUAGUGCGGCAGUUCCGGAACCCAGACACCAUCUUCAUCCUGGCCUUUGCCAUCAUCCUGCUCAACACGGACAUGUACAGCCCCAACGUCAAGCCUGAGCGCAAAAUGAAGCUGGAGGACUUCGUCAAGAACCUCCGAGGGGUGGAUGAUGGUGAAGACAUUCCCCGGGAGACGCUGAUCGGGAUCUAUGAGCGUAUCCGCAAGCGAGAGCUGAAGACCAAUGAGGACCACGUAUCCCAGGUGCAGAAGGUGGAGAAGCUCAUCGUGGGGAAGAAGCCGAUUGGAUCCCUGCAUCAUGGGCUUGGCUGUGUGCUCUCUCUGCCUCACCGGCGUCUGGUCUGCUACUGCCGGCUCUUCGAGGUUCCAGACCCAAAUAAGCCCCAGAAACUCGGACUGCACCAGCGAGAAAUCUUCCUUUUUAACGACCUUCUGGUGGUCACCAAAAUCUUCCAGAAGAAGAAGAACUCAGUGACGUACAGCUUCCGACAGUCCUUCUCCCUGUAUGGCAUGCAGGUCCUGCUUUUCGAGAACCAGUACUACCCCAAUGGCAUCCGGCUCACGUCUGCAGUCCCUGGAACCGACAUAAAAGUAUUAAUAAACUUUAAUGCUCCCAAUCCUCAAGACCGAAAGAAAUUCACUGAUGACCUACGAGAGUCCAUCGCGGAGGUGCAGGAGAUGGAGAAGCACAGAAUAGAAUCGGAGCUUGAGAAGCAGAAAGGCGUUGUGCGGCCCAGCAUGUCCCAGUGCUCCAGUCUCAAAAAGGAGUCGGGCAACGGGACGCUGAACCGGGCCUGCCUGGAUGAUAGCUAUGCCAGCAGUGAGGGCCUCAAGCGCAGCGCCCUCAGCAGCUCCCUGAGGGACCUCUCGGAAGCAGGGAAGCGAGGGCGUCGCAGCAGUGCGGGAUCGCUAGAGAGCAAUGUGGAAGGGUCCAUCAUUAGCAGUCCUCACAUGCGCCGGAGAGCUACAUCAACACGAGAGUGUCCAUCUCGCCCACACCAGACUAUGCCUAAUUCAUCCUCCCUCCUGGGCUCCUUAUUUGGGAGUAAGAGAGGGAAGCCCCCUCCUCAGACUCACCUGCCCUCAGCUCCUCCCCAACCACCCCCACACCCACCGAGCCUGCCCCACCCACAGCACUCCGUGGCUGGCCAUCACCAGGGGCUGGCAGAAGGCCCUCCACAGGCCCAGAUGCAUGGGCACCAUACCCAGUACUGCCACAUGCAGCAGAACCCACCCCCCUACCACCACCACCACCACUACCACCCCCCUCAGCAUGUCCAGCAUGCACACCAGUACCACCAUGGCCCCCACGGGGGGCACCCAUCUUAUGGGGCCCACUCACACGGGCACCCACUGCUGCCCUCAGCCCACACUGGCCACCCUGGCCACACAGGCCACACAGCACACCACCAUGGGCAGCCCCUUGCCCCACCGCCCGCCACCAGCAGCAAGGCCAAACCCAGCGGCAUCAGCACAAUUGUGUAGACAGCUGCGGGAUGGGGGCCAGACUUCCUGGAAUAAGUGCACACCACACAGAGGCAUGCCUGGGGCAGCCAGCCUCAGACCAGACCCAGAACACUUCUGUUUUCAUCUUCCUGCCCUGCUCCCCCACAGCCUGGAUGGAACCCCUUGAGCCCAUGGGCUUGUGUCAUAGGGAACAAAGCUCCUGAUUUGAUUUAGCAUUGGCACCCCAGGUUCCAUCCACCUCAACCCAAGGGGUGGUCCUCAGCCACCAUCAGCCUUGAAAUGGUGCCUCCAGCCAAGUAGAUGUUGAACUGCCCUGUGCCCCACUGCAGCCUUCAGCUCUCUGCUCCCUAAUUAUACAUGCAUAUGAAUACCCAGCCUAGAAAAAGAAGAAACGAGACACAAAAAACCAGAGACAGAACAAAACAACCCAAAAUUUGCUGCAUUAUUGCUCUUUUAUUGACAAUGGGCAAAAAAUUAAGUAGACCUGAUAUGGUUGAUGAAAAUACGUAAGUA